AUGGCUAAUGAAAAUGUUACUCAUAUUUUUGCUAAUUGUUCUUUUGCGCGUGAUUGUUGGCGGGUAUUGGAUGAUGCUUGGCAGCUAUCCUAUGUGGAUUCCUUGGCUAAUUGGCUUGACAAAAUGAUGGAUGUGCUUUCUGUUCAUAUGCUUGAGAAGGUUGUAAUGGUUUGUUGGGGGCUAUGGGAGAAUAAAAAUGCUAUGCUAUGGUCGAAUCAGUGCCGUGACUCCACAACUCUGGUGCAACAUGUUUUGUUUUAUGCUCAAACUUGGCAGAAUUUGAAUGCUACUGUGAAUGAUACUAGCGCCAGUCAUAUGCAACGUGACAGUUGUUGGCAGCCACCCCCUACUGGAUAUUACAAUAUGAACAUAGAUGUUUCUAUGGAUAUCAAUCGAAGAUGUAUGGGCUUUGGUUGGGUUAUUCGUGACGACUAUGGUAAAAUUGUAGGGGUUCUUAUGUCACGAGUUAGUGGACUAUAUUCUAUCAAAGAGGCUGAAGCUAUGGGGGCUCGGGAGGCCCUUAGUUGGAUAAAUAAAAAGGGAUGGACGCGAGUGAUUCUUGAAACCGAUGCACAAGUGGUAACUCAAGCUGUUAACAAUGGUGAUUUCCUUACCCUGUUUGGGGCCAUUGUUUAUGAGAUUCGUGUUUUUUUGAGUGAGCUACCUUAUGUUCAUUUUCCUUUUGUGAGACGUAGUAGUAAUAUGUUGGCUCAUGUUAUAGCCAAAAGAGCUCUUUGUAAUGUUGAGGGGGAGCGGGUUGAGUACCUGGACUUUUUACCUCGUUUUCUUUCCUUGUUUGGUUUAAUAUAA